GUGUCCGCCACUGUCACGGUCAGUUCCUCCGCCACCAAAACCGCUUCCCAUACCACCACAAAGUCUGGUCGCAAGAGUCGCCCAGGAUAAUCGACCAAGCAUCUCUUUGUUCGAGAAGCUUCAAUUCUCGGCAGUCCGGGUUGUGCACGUUUUCGGCGAGGUAGAAAUGCGGUUCGGUGGCGGUGGGGUACCUAUAUACGACAAGUAAUACAUAGUAAUAGUCGUACGCUCCGUGACUCGGUGAUCUCGAGGUACAUAAAUGGACCGGCGUUGAUUGUCUCCCUUCACACGCACGUUAUUCAUCCUUUGGAUUACACAUGUCAUCUGCUCAGGCCGCGACGGGACGCGUAUAUGGCCAUAUACCCGGCUAUCCAGUAUAUUCCACUUUCAAGACGAAGGAAGAGCUAUGGCGAGCUGGCGUCCACGUCCAAAGGCAAGCUGGUAUUCACGGGGACACAUCCGAGAAUGGCGGCGCGUUUUCUAUCUGUCUCUCUGAGGGAUACGAAGACAAUAAAGAUAACGGUGACACAAUCAUUUAUGUCGGUUCAGGUGGACAAGACCGUGACGGAAUCCAAGUUGCAGACCAGUCUUUCGACCAUCUUCCAAACCGGGCCUUGCAGCUUUCUUACGAGACGAAACGUCCAGUGAGAGUCGUUCGGGGGAAGAAUGAGACUAGCUUUUACUCUCCUCCCGAAGGGUACCGGUACGAUGGACUCUACGUAGUGGAUGAGGCUUACAUGAACCGAGGCAAGAAGGGUUAUCAAAUGUGUACUUUCAAGUUACGGCGCAUCCAUGAAGAGGGAGUAGGAUCUAUACCGACUAGACGCUUACUCACAAGCAAGAAGCUCCAGAAAAUCGCAAAGAGGAAGUAAUUAUUCUGCUGUCAUAUGCUUUCUCGUUGUUUCGCUCUCGCAAUACACAUGUGUUUGUAAUCUGUAUGUAUGUACUCUGAAUUUCACGCGCGAGAGUCAGGUAUAAAAUGCCUAGAAUUGUGAUGCAAACUAUCGUAGGUACAACUUUGGGCCCACUUAGGACAAGGCAAACGGAGCUGCCUUGUAAAGCUUAGUAGCCAAGUUAAAAUGUAGGAAUGUGGAGAUUUGACGAA